AUGCCCUACUACGAGCGACUGCGACGGGACCUCCGCGAAUCGCUGAACAAGAAGCGCUUGAUCGAUAACAAUCUGCUGCAACUCGAAGAUAACAUCCUGCGAGUCGAAACGCAGUACCUCGAGGAGACGAGCGCCGGCAAUAUUGUCAAGGGCUUCGAUAACUACAUCAAGGGCGCAGCGACCACGACGACGGCUGGCGGGGCAGGCACAGCGACGCGGCGAAAAGCCCCCAUCAACGAUGCGGACAGGAUAUUCAGUCGGAGUUCGACCAGCUUCCUGAGGGUAAACGGUGCCGCCGCCGCUGACACGGGCUCCCAGGAAACGUCGACACCAGGCUCAGCUACGCCGUCGCACGCGCCUGCGCCAACCUCAUCCUUUCCCACGCGCGAGUCGAGUCAACCCACCAACGGCGCCCGGCCGGGAGACGGCAACAACAAGAAGAAAAAGGCGGCCGACGGCGACGAGGAACAAAACAACAAGACGAAGCGACAGAAGAUAUCGUACGGGCGCGAGUGA